GGCAUAUAAACCACAGGUACAAGGUCAUGGGUAGAGCAGUUGGGAGUUUCUUUACUUCCAGAUUACCUGCAGAUUUUGGACGGGUAAAUUCCUGGCUGCCCAUAGAGUGCACGACAGAAUGGCACCCUGGCUUCUUCCUGUUCUCCUAUCACCUGUCUACUUCCUGAGUCUCCUUGUGAUUUCCUGUCCUGCCUGCCAUGGAGGGAAGAUACUGUUGGUCCCAAUAGAAGGGAGCCACUGGGUGAACAUGGAGAUCCUCAUCGGAGCUCUACACAACCAGGGACACUCCAUCACAAUGGUACGGUCCACCAAGAGCUGGUACAUCAAAGCGGACUCUCCCUACUACGACUCAGUCACGGUGUCUGUCGACAAGGGGUUCAAUGAGGAAUUUGUCAAACCGUUCCUUGUGCAAAUUAUGGAAAUUGAGAGGGGAAGUAGGUCCUUCAUUGAUUUUAUUCAUUUCCAGUUACUGUUUAGCUUGGCCCUAUACAGACUCCAUGACAUCUCCUGUCACAUGGCAGCCUCGAUGUUUGAGGACAGAGCGCUAAUGCGGCACCUGAAUGAGAGUCAGUUUGACCUGGUUCUCACGGACCCCUCAUCUGCCGAGGGCAUCCUCCUGGCUCACUACCUGAAGCUGCCCUUAGUCCACAAUGCGCGGUGGUUGACCUCCACUGAAGGCCACUUUUCUCUCGCACCUUCACCAGUAUCAUACAUACCAGUCACAGGAUCAGGCCUGUCUGACAAAAUGACCUUCUUACAAAGGGUGAAAAAUAUGCUUUUCUACCUCCUUAUGCAGUUUCAGUUGAGGUUCUUGAUCCAUGCACAAUACCAGGCAAUCUGUGAUAAGUACUUUGAACAUGAAGUAGACUAUAGUCAGAUUGUGAAAGCAGCUGAUCUCUGGCUGAUGAGGGUCGACUUUGUGUUUGAGUUCCCACGUCCCACUAUGCCUAACAUUGUUUACAUUGGUGGGUUCCAGUGUAAGCCAGCAAAGCCCCUUCCUCAAGACCUGGAGGACUUUGUACAGAGCUCUGGAGACCAUGGGGUCAUCCUCAUGUCUUUGGGGACGUUAGUGAGUGCCAUUUCAGGCGACAUUGCAAAGGACAUAGCAGCAGCUUUUGCUGAGUUGCCUCAGAAAGUCAUUUGGCGGCAUGUUGGGGAAAGACCCUCCACCCUGGGCAACAAUACCCUCUUAGUAAAGUGGAUGCCCCAAAAUGACCUACUAGGACACCCUAAAAUCAGAGCCUUUGUAGCCCAUGGUGGAACUAAUGGACUUCAAGAGGCCAUCUAUCAUGGUGUUCCAGUUGUGGGAAUUCCUGUGUUUUUUGACCAGUAUGACAAUCUGUUUCGACUGAAGGAGAGAGGAGGAGCGAAGGUUUUCUCCAUUGCCGCCAUCAAUAAAAACACCUUCCUCCAGGGCUUACAGGAAGUGCUCCAUGAGCCGUCCUACAGGGAGAACAUGCAGAGGCUCUCCAGGCUGCACAGGGACCAGCCAAUGAAGCCCCUGGACCGAGCCCUCUUCUGGAUUGAGUUUGUAAUGAGACACAAAGGUGCUGCUCACCUGCGCACAGAAUCCUACAAGAUGCCCUGGUACGCCUACCACUCAGUGGAUGUAGUACUGUUCUUACUUGUUGUAACACUCAGCUUCAUGUACAUUGUGGUUUAUGGCAUCAAAGUCUUUUGCUGCAGGGUUUGUUUGAGAAGAAAAAUAAAACAUGAGUAACCUCAUGCUAAUGCAUUGUUAUAUGUUAAAGAUCUUUAACAUUUUUAGAGUCUUAUCCUAGUACUCCUACCCUCAAUAGAUGUCCUGUACUCCCCUCAGUAGAUGUGGUACUCAGUAGAUGUCCUGUACUCUUACCCCUCAGUAGAUGUCCUGUACUCCCCUCAGUAGAUGUGGUACUCAGUAGAUGUCCUGUACUCCUACCCCUCAGUAGAUGUCCUGUACUCCCCUCAGUAGAUGUGGUACUCAGUAGAUGUCCUGUACUCUUACCCCUCAGUAGAUGUCCUGUACUCCCCUCAAUAGAUGUCCUGGUACUCCCCUGUGAUGGAAAUCUGAUAAUAACCAGUCUCAUCAGUCUUAUAAUAAGAGAUAAGUAUAAAGUGUAUUAGUCUUCUGCAGAAGGAUCAGAAACACACAGAGUGAACAGCAAGCAGUCUGUGAGAAUCGGUUGAAAUCUCUUACAGGUAGUGUCUCCAGAGAUAAGAAGAACAGGGAGUAUCACUGUUCCAGCACACAAUAUUCUCAAGGACAGAAAAAACAAUCACCCCAGUUCUCCUCAACUUCACAUGAUGUGCUUUACACAAUAACACUCGCAAUUUGCAUAUUUUCUAAUACACCCCUCAGUAGAUGUCCUGUACUCCUACCCAAUAGUAGAUGUAGUUGUGGUUUUGGUUGCUGCUUUGUCCUUUGCCCUGCUGAUUAUGUUUUCUUCUUGCAAAUAUUUUCUAGGGCUAUGCUAUAAAAGAAAAAUGAAGAGAGACUAACAUAGUAUGACUGUAGAUGUGGUCAGGAUCUUACCUGUAAUCAUUUUCAUUUCAAAGCUGAUUUUACAUUUGAAUUUAGAUUUCUCUGCCCAGUGUCUGACUUUAGAGGAAAGUUAAAGAUGAAAUUUGAGAGCUUGAAAUAACAAAGGAUCUUGCCUGAUCUAGUGAUGUCAGUGUUACAUUUAGCUAUGUGUGAUCUUUAAAGCAUUAUUAAACAUUGGUCAUGAAUUGGUGAGAGCAAUAAAAAAAUAGCCCAUUAA